UGUGAGAGUGAAUGCGAAGAGCACAGCAGUGACUGAAGGGCUGAGGGGACUGUGCUCUGACCAGGGCCUCGUAUUAGGCCCCGGCUUCGGGUGCCCUUGUCGUCUGCAGAGAGAUGGAAAGCUUGAUGACUAGUUCUACCCUGCCGCCCCUUUUUGCAGACGAAGAUGGCUCCAAGGAGAGUAAUGAUCUGGCUACCACUGGUUUAACACACCCAGAGGUUCCCUACAAUAGUGGAGCCCCAUCGUCUACCAACAACACUGAGUUUGUGGAGGAUCUCUCCCAAGGCCAGCUGCUUCAGAGUGAAUCUUCAAAUGCUGCAGAUGGCAAUGAACAGCGGCAUGAAGAUGAGCAAAGAAGUAAACGAGGAGGUUGGUCCAAAGGGAGAAAGAGAAAGAAACCUCUUCGAGACAGCAAUGCCCCCAAAUCUCCUCUUACAGGAUAUGUUCGGUUCAUGAAUGAGCGCCGAGAACAGCUUCGAGCAAAGAGACCAGAAGUCCCAUUCCCAGAAAUCACAAGGAUGUUAGGCAAUGAGUGGAGUAAACUGCCUCCUGAGGAAAAGCAGCGCUAUCUGGAUGAAGCAGACAGAGAUAAGGAACGUUAUAUGAAGGAACUGGAACAGUAUCAGAAGACUGAGGCCUACAAGGUCUUCAGUAGGAAAACCCAGGACCGGCAGAAAGGCAAAUCUCAUCGGCAAGAUGCAGCCCGACAGGCAACCCAUGAUCAUGAGAAAGAAACAGAAGUCAAAGAACGAUCUGUGUUUGACAUCCCUAUAUUUACAGAGGAGUUCCUGAACCACAGUAAAGCGCGUGAGGCUGAGCUGCGCCAGCUCCGGAAGUCCAACAUGGAGUUUGAGGAGAGAAAUGCAGCACUGCAGAAGCACGUGGAGAGCAUGCGCACAGCUGUGGAGAAACUGGAGGUGGACGUGAUCCAGGAGCGCAGCCGCAACACAGUCCUACAGCAGCACCUAGAGACCCUGCGGCAGGUGCUGACCAGCAGCUUUGCCAGCAUGCCCUUGCCUGGAAGUGGUGAGACACCAACAGUGGACACCAUUGACUCCUAUAUGAACAGGCUGCACAGUAUUAUUUUAGCGAACCCCCAAGACAAUGAAACCUUCAUAGCUACAGUGCGGGAAGUUGUGAGCAGACUUGAUCGCUAGGGAACGGUCUUAGAGUUCCCAGAUGUCCCAUAAAUGUUUUUACUUGUGCAGAAUGAGAAACCAUCCAUGGAAAUUGGAACUGUGUGGGGGCCCAGAAGGACCACAGACCCCUCUGCUUGUGAAGAAUUGUCAGUGAGUGCAGCGCCUGCACCCCAGGAAACCAGACAAGGGAGCAAGGAGGCACGUGUGUGAGAACUCCCUAUGGAUCAUCUUCGGCAAGCUUUGAAAGUGUACAGCCACUCUCCCGACUCUUCCAGUCUUCCUCUCCUGUCAUCUCUAUCUCUGUUAAAGCAGAUCUGCAUAUAUUCUGCUGACAGGGUGACUCUGAAACCACCGCAGCCCCACCUGCUUGCAGUAGAGAGAGAAAUACUUUCCAUUGUCGCAGUUCCAAUUGGACCCUUUUAUCACUGGAGCUCCAGUGUUCUCACCUAACUGUCACUUUUUUUAAAUGCCUUUGGGGUGAUUUUUCUUUCCUUCACCCCCACCAAGUCAUACAUCUCUAUUUUCUGACCUCUGGGCUGUGUUGCUCAGCAGGGCUGUGAAGGAGCAUUUCUCUCAUUGGAUGCCCCAAUCUUCUCCCCUCAUUGCCCUGCUGUGACUGCAAAGAGAGGAGCUUCUUGUUGACAGUGCCCUGUGGAGCGAGGCUGUGUUCCCCACCCCACACAGUGCUCAGUGGGUGCCAGCCCUCCUCAUGGGCAGCUUUGUGAUUGCUGCCCUGAAGGGGAAGGCGCCUUCUUCCUCCCCAAGCUGCCUGCUGUUUUCUGAGCAGUGCUCUUGCACAGACAUGGUGUCCCCGCCCCAGCAAGGCUCUUCUGUCCCCAUCUGUUGGUAGUAUCUUGUGGAGCAUUUUGCUGAGGAAAAGGUCAUUGGUAAACAGGGAAAAGGGGGAAAAGUAGCUUUUAUUUGGUAUUUUUUUAACCCCAAUUUAUCCUAAGUGAAACCUGAGAUAAUCCCUGUCUUGUUUAGGUGUGAGAUUCAUGGACUGAGAUAUAAGCAGUGUUGGAAGUUGUCUCUCAAGCUGGCAGAAAGGGCACAGAGGAAUUUUCAUGUCCUUUGUCUUCCUUCUGUAGCCAUUAACUGCUGAAUAUGAGCAAAAGGAGGCUUCUUUCCUUCCCUCUCCCUCGUUAAGGGAUUUUUUUAUUUUUAACAGCAAAAGUAAAGAGAGUUCUGAUUAUCUCCUCAGGGUCUUUUCUUUUCUCUUUACGUUCUAGAGCACAAGGCUGAAGGUGGCAGCUGAGAUCUUUGGAACCAAAGCAGAACAUGCUGGGCCUGUGGCCUCGGCACCCCACCACUGAAGGCAGGUGGAUGGCAGUGUGGCCCCUCAUAGUGUGCCCCAAAGCCCUGGUGCAAGCCAGAAAUCCCAUCUUGUAGCUGCACCAGUUCCUCUCAACACUGUGAUCUUCUUGCCUGUGUUUUAUCAGUCCCAAGGAAAUUAAGAGCAACAAGAAGUCUCGCUUUGUGAUGUCUUGUAUGAACACACAUACAGUUUCUGUGCACUGAAUUCCACCUGCCACCACUUGGCAGGUUUUAGAAUAAGACCCCUUCUGUCAUGCUCUGUUACUGUAAAGCCAGCAGCUCUCCUGCCUCUCUCUUCUCAUUUCCUCUCAGCUGACUGUUUUUGCCUCUUAGAUUCUUUGUGUGCUGAGUCCAACCUAGAACUUGCCGUCUGUGGCAGAAGGACGUCAAAGCUGGCUCUGGAAGUUGGUGUCUGCCUUCUGCCAGAUGCUUUCUGUCCCCUCUUCCUUCCUGUCUGUAUUUCUGUUUCUGCUUUCUGUUCAGUUUCGUGCAGCGUCAGCAGCCCUGCUUUUUUGGCCAGGAAGGGCUGUGACUAGCUGGGCACCUCACAGUGAGUGGACACGUGUGCAUGUGCAGAGACACAGCUGGGGGCAGCCACACACACAGAAGCAGCUGCAUACCUGCCUCAAGGUGCUGUGCAGCCGUGAAGUUGUGGGGAGAGGCCUGUGCUAUUCUUUGUCCUGUCACAGGCUGGCAUAACACCGCAUUGUUGUGUUCCAGGAAACCAGUAGACACUCCCGCACUGACAUGUUCUCUUUAAGAAAUAAGCUGUUGCCUAUUCAGUGUUAAAGGCUCCCUUCUUUCUUUUUAGUAAAACAUGAGGAGCAACUGAGAAAAGGGAGACAAGGUGUUCUAUUUCUGACAAAUUUUAGAAAAAAUAUUGUGUACGUGUGUUUGGAACUGUUGAAAUGCCAGGUUUUCUGUACAAGUGUUUUUGUAAUUAAACUUUUAGAUUUUCUUUGUUUUUAAAGAAGUUGAUAUGCCUGCUUGACAUUUGUCUCAUUAAAACUUUUUUAUGUUGAA